AUGGCAGAAAUACGCCAACGCCGGCCGGUAGCGCCCCCAGAACAAUCCACAGAAGCAUUCCCUUCUGCCGUCGAAGAAGAAGCAGAAGACGAAACCAUCCUCGGAAAGGACUUCAAAUGGAGCAGCUGGCAGACCUGGCCCAUGUGGCUCCGCUUCGCCCCAGCUUGGAUCACCCUCCUCAUCAUCGGCGCAGUAACAUACUGGGACUACCACGUCACGGAAUACGGCCUCGACAUGCGCACCUAUGAGAGUUGCGUCGCCACUUUCAAUUACACUUACCGUAUCAACGCCGCUCGACACCAGGCAGAACAUCAUGCUGUGCAUAGCUGGGAGUACGGCACCACCACCGAAGCCGUCCUGGAACUCGUCAACCCCGAACGAGCGGUAUUCGCGGGUAACCCUUUCCCCAACGACGAGGUCGAGAUGCAAGGCUGGAAACUGGAUCAGGCCUUGAUCUGGGUAUAUCAGAAUAUCGCCACGCACAACGAGACGCUCUUCCCCUCGGACGACUUCAGCGCCACCGACCCAGCUUCCCUGGGAAUCGCAGCCGUAAUGGUCGGACGACGCUGGGACGUCUACAUGGAAGCCGCCGAACGCCAAAAAGAAUACCUCCUCCAAUCCGCGCCCCGCUACAUCAACAGCGCCAUCUCCCACCGCCGCCACGCGACCGAAUUAUGGUCCGACGCCAUCUCCAUGUUCCCGCCCUUCCUAGCCUAUUACGGCGUCCACAAGAAGGACUUCGCUUUGCUAAAGGAAUCCGUCCGCCAAAUCCAACUCUAUCGCGAUGUCCUUUCCAUCUCAAAGGGUCCGACGAAGGGCUUGUGGAAACAUGUUGUCGGGCCCGCGGGGGAGAAGAGUAUGGCGGAUGAGGGGCCGUGGAGUACGGGUAAUGGAUGGGCGGCGCAUGGGAUGGCGAGGUUGGAUCGCUGGAUUGGGGAGAUUUUGGAUGCGGCGAUUGCGACGGAUGAUGGUGGUGACGAGAGUGGGUUGUUGAGGAAUUAUCUGGGCCAGGGUAGUUGGUUCGGGGAAACCUCCGGCACAGCCCUGCUAACAGCCACAACUUACCGCAUGGCCGUCCUCAACCCCUCCGUCUUCGCUCAGCCGAAAUAUCUCGACUGGGCGCACGCGAAACGCGCCACCAUCGCCGCGAGGGUCGACGAUGAUGGGUUUGCGCCGCCAGCGGUGAAUCCCUUGAAGCAUAGUUCGAGGGAUUCUGUGAGGGAGAGUCCGGAGGGCGCGGCGUUCUUGUUGAUGAUGGGGGCUGCGUGGCGGGAUUGUGUGUGCAAGGGGAUUUGUGAUCCUGCCGAUCAGGGUCAGGUUGAUUUCGCAAGGCCGGCGCUGCGGGAGAGCGGUGAGAGUGGGGUGAAGGAGGGAUUGUGA